UGCUUAAAAAACUUUAAGUUAAUGAAUAGAGCGUUUUAAAAUAAUUGUGUUCCAUAACAAGUAGUGUUGCCAAACAGAUGGACGCUUUUAAAUUACAGGGCCUGGUGGAAGAGUUAUGUUAUCUUUUAGAUAUGCGCGCAGGUUGAAUGCAUGCAUAAUAUUUUGUGUUGUUUUGUCGAAGACAAAGUGCAUAGUGACAUAGAAACUAAGAGAUAAAGCAUCAACGACUAAGUUAAGUAAAUUAGUUCCGAUUUAGCAAAAACAGACAUUUUUAAGUGAUGCAGAAAUAGUUUUUAUGCGACAUGGGUGCUAAUUUUGACCGAUGGACUGUACUGAAAUUAUUGGAAGUGGCGUCCACGGUCGCUUGCCUCAUAUUUAAAAGCAUCACAGACGAUGAAGCAUCCCGUCUCUUCCUUUAUCUCCAAAAAUUAUCCCGAGAAUGGAGCCUUUUAAACAACGUAACAUGGGGAAGCGUCGGAGCCGCAGUCGCCAACGUGACCUACGGCGGUUACUUUAUAAUAACCGCAGCUCUCUUUAUUGGGAGGCUCACAGGAGAACUGCCCACCCAAAGAAGAAUAACUGAAUUUGUAUUGCUGGGUGUAGGAACAAUAUUGUUUAUCGUUUUAGGUAGUCUAGAGUUCGCGGCAUUGGACUCAGUUCCGCAGGACUUGGUUGAUAAUGCCGCCGUCAUUGGCACUUUGUCUUUAGUGACAGCUGCCUUAUUCCUCUUGGAUAUGGGUGGACCAAAAGCUAGGAAGACGGCACAACAAGUCCAAACACCACCACGAAGCAUAAGCAAACCCGUGGAGACGCAACAAAUUUACAACAUUGAAAAAGACGGAGAACACGAGAAAAUGCAGACACAAACACAAGAAAAACAAGUCGAGAAAACGCCAAAGAACGGUCAUUUGAUGAGUGCGAAUGGCAUUAAAUUACCGGAUGCGAACGGAAGAUAUAGAGAUAGUAUGUAUAAGAAGAUAAAAGAGGAAAAACCUAAAUCUUUCGAUAUUUUUGGGAAAGAUAAACGUGAAGACAGCGAUACUGAUGAGCCUGAUGAUAUCCCUCCUAAAAUGGAAGAGCACUCCCCCGUUUGGAGUAAAAUUAGGAAGGGACAAUAUGGCAAAUAUGACAUUCUUUCUCCUUCUUAUCUAUAUCCUAAUGAAAAACCUUCAGAAGAACACAGACCACCGAGUAGUCCUGGAGACCCAGGAUAUGUACAAUACACAGCUCAACACUGGGGUGAAGCAGUGCAAAAAACUCCAAGGCAGAGUCCUACUCAAGUUUAGUCAGUUAUGCUAGUGCUCCUUGUUUUUGUUCUUAUAUUUUAUUAUUCCGGUCGUGUUAUUGUUUAAUGCUGUAUGACAAUGGUUUGUAAUUUUUAUUAAUAUAUUAGUUUAAUUUUUA